GGCAGAUAAGUAUCCUGCUAUUCUGCAACAUGUGGAAAGCUGAGAACCUAAGACAUUUUUCCUAGUGGACUAAGGUUUUCUUCGUUAAGUACUCACUGGGAGGCAACAUGCACCGUUUAUUUUUACUCACCAUCAGGCUGCACUGAAAUUUAUUUUCAGAUAAUUUAAAAUGCUCAACUGGAGUUUUGUUUUGGCUUUCUGACAUUCUUCAAGGAACUGCAGAAAAAAUGUCUCACAGGACCUACAACAAAAUGUGGGCAUCAGCCCAAACUUCCAUAAAUGACCUGCUUGUUCAAGAAAUGCCACAAGAGCCUCGCAAGCCAGAACGGGAUAGGGUGGUUUUCUUCCAGAUGCUGGCUACUUUAUAUGUUCGCUACAUACAGAUAUUUCGUAAACUGGAGACUGCUUAUGACCAAAUAGUCCACCCACAGAAAAGACGCAUUUUACGUUUGGUACUGGAUGGAGUGAUGGGACGUAUACUGGAGCUGAAAAAUGAGAUGGUAGAGAAGGAGUUUUCAGAAUAUCACUACAUGGAUGAUGUUAUCCAAGACUGCAAGCUUACACCAGAGGACCUUGAGAUUCCUAUUCCAAAAUACUUUCUCAGAGAGAGGAAAAAUGCUCUGGAGGAAAGAAGAAAAUUGCUGAAUACUGUUCUUUCCAAACUGGGACCAAAAGAUCUCACCAAGGGAAAGCCUCCUAAGCCAAUGCUCCUGGAGGAGGCAAUCAAGAUUAUUCAAAAAGCUGAAAGAUUCCGUCAAGGAAGACUGCGCGCUAGAUUCAUGAGGGACAUUCGCAGAGAAGAAGAAUGGGAACGGAGGUCAAAGGAUAGGCAGAUUACUGCUGCAGACCACGAGCGAGCAACCAUCACUAUUCAAAGGAUCUGGAGAGGUUGUAUGCAAAGGAAAAAGACUAAACAAGAACGAGAUGACGAGAUGAUAUUCAUUGGCAUGGUACCAGAACCACAGUCAGAAAAAUCAUCCCCUGUUAUUCUGAAGGCAAAGGAAGCUGAGGUCAAAAGGCGGGUGAUCCAGGAAGAGCAUGAAGCAGAGUACGGGCAAGCACAGGGUGUAAUAAAAGAGAAGCUCCUGGAGGCCGAAGGCAUGAACAUCAAAGAGACAAUGAAGGAACAAAUUCGGCAAUGGUUUAUUGAAUGUCAUCAUGCCACUGGUCAUUUUCCUGACUACCCUGAUGAAGAAGAUGGAGGAUCGGCACUAAUCUUUGCUGAGAAAACUCCUGAACAGCUUCAAGAAGAACUGGCAGCCAAAGAAGCAGAGAAGGAAAACAAAAGUGGCAAAAAGAAAGGUGCAAAAGAAGAAAAGAAGAAGAAAGAAGAUAAGAAAGGAAAAAGCAAAGGGAAAGGGGAAGCGGUUGAAGAAGUAGGACUUAAGAUGGCACCCUCAAAUUUUCUUCCAGACGUUGCAGAAGAGCACAAGAAUUACACAGCAAUUUGGAAGAAACGAGAUGAGUCCAAAAAUUUCCGUCAGGCAUAUGAUGCAGAACUGAUCAAAGAAGAUAAACGAAAAGAGGUAGAGAGAGAAAUCCGAGUGCAGGUCGAUGAGCUGAUGCGAGAAGAGCUGAGAAAUUUGAAGCUGGCUGUGGAUAGAGAUCGUGGAAUAAAGACUAAGAAAGGAAAGAAGAGUGCAAAGAAGAAGAAAAAGAAAGGCAAGAAAAGUGGGAAGAAAAAGAAAGAGAAAGACCUAACACCUGGAAGGACAAUUGACUCUCUUUAUGAAGAGCUGAUCAGUGAGGGACUGAUAAAGGCACCUGAGAAUGUUCAACUGUCAGACUAUAUUGGGGAAUACAGCUACCUUGGAACAACACUUCGUCAGUAUGACAUCGAACCGAUGCCCUCACUGUUUGAUGUUCGUCAUGUCAUAACUUUGCAUGCGAUCCUGCCUCUAGGUUCUGCUGAAGUUCGUAAGAAGGCUCCAUUGUUUAAGACGUUACUUCUGGCAGGCCCUGCUGGCGUGGGAAAGAAGACUUUAGUGCAUGCAAUCUGUACAGAGGCAGGAGCCAACCUCUUUGAUAUUUCACCACAAAACAUUGCUGGAAAGUAUCCAGGAAAGAAUGGUCUGCAGUUAAUGUUGUUCAUGGUCUUUAAGGUGGCAAGAGAGAUGCAGCCAUCUGUGAUAUGGAUUGGAGAUGCAGAGAAAAUCUUCUACAAGAAGGUACCAAGGGAGGAAAAAGAGCUGGAUCCUAAGCGACUGAAGGCCAGUCUACCCAAGAUAUUAAAAUCAAUUAAGGCAGAAGACCAAAUACUAAUUGUUGGAACGACCGAACGGCCAUUUGAAGCUGAUAUCAAGCCUUUUUGUAAGGUAUAUGAGAAGAUCAUCCUUAUACCACGGCCAGACUACUCUUCCCGUUAUGUGAUCUGGAAAAGCUUGAUCAAGCGAUAUGGUGGAGUCGUCACACCUGCACUGGACUUCAGCUCACUGGCAAAGAUUUCUGAUGGGUAUACACAGGGUCGCAUAGUUGAUGUGGUGAAAUCUGUCCUCACAGAACGACGUAUCGAAAUGCUGCCUAAGAAACCACUAAAGACGGUGGAAUUUCUGGCCCCUCUUGCAAAAGUUGACCCUAUCUUUAAAGAAGAGGAGGAGGAAUUAAAAAACUGGUACAGCAAAACACCUCUGGGUAAGAAGCGAGCCAGGGCAGCUCUAGGAAAAGAAGGUGAAGAAGAAGAACAGAAAAAAGGAGCGGGAAAAGAUGGAAAAAAGAAUAAGAAGUAAAUUGACAUAAUUCUUUGUGAUGUCUGUGCACAUACAUGUACAUACCUUGUUUGUAAAGCAGAAAAAUAAAGAUGCUUGUAUACAUA